GCACUGACGGUCAGCACACGCGCAGUUUGACCCGGAAGCGCUUGGCGGGCGGCGCGGCUGGGCGCUAAGAUGGCGGCGGCGUGAGUUGCAUGUUGUGUGAAGAUCCAGGGGCAGCCGCGUUGCUCGGGCCCCGCCAUGGCCGUCACCAUCACGCUUAAAACGCUGCAGCAACAGACCUUCAAGAUCCGUAUGGAGCCUGACGAGACGGUGAAGGUGUUGAAGGAGAAGAUAGAAGCUGAGAAGGGCCGUGAUGCUUUCCCAGUGGCUGGACAGAAGCUCAUCUAUGCUGGCAAGAUCUUGAGUGACGAUGUUCCCAUCAGGGACUAUCGUAUUGAUGAGAAGAACUUCGUGGUUGUCAUGGUGACCAAGGCUAAAGCUGGCCAGGGUACCUUAGCACCCCCAGAGGUCUCACCCACUGCUGCCCCAGAGCCAUCCACACCCUUGCAGCUGGCCCCUGCUUCAGGCAUGUCCCAUCCACCACCUGCCACCAGAGAGGACAAGAGUCCAUCGCAGGAGUCGGCUCCCACAACAUCACCAGAGUCGGUGUCAGGCUCUGUUCCCUCUUCAGGUUGCAGCGGGCGAGAGGAAGAUGCGGCCUCCACACUAGUGACUGGCUCUGAGUAUGAGACGAUGCUGAUGGAGAUCAUGUCCAUGGGCUAUGAGCGGGAACGCGUCGUGGCUGCCCUGAGAGCCAGCUACAACAACCCGCACCGGGCUGUGGAGUAUCUGCUCACGGGAAUUCCGGGAAGCCCUGAGCCUGAACACGGUUCCGUCCAGGAGAGCCAGGCGUCUGAGCAGCCAGCCACAGAAGCAGGAGAAAACCCCUUGGAGUUUCUUCGGGAUCAGCCCCAGUUUCAGAACAUGCGGCAGGUGAUCCAACAGAACCCAGCACUGCUGCCCGCCCUGCUCCAGCAGCUGGGCCAGGAGAAUCCUCAGCUGUUGCAGCAAAUUAGCCGUCACCAGGAGCAGUUCAUCCAGAUGUUGAACGAGCCCCCUGGGGAGCUGGCAGACAUCUCCGACGCAGAGGGGGAGGUGGGCGCCAUAGGUGAGGACGCCCCACAGAUGAACUACAUCCAGGUGACACCGCAGGAGAAGGAAGCUAUUGAGAGGAGCUGUCCCCAUCGCCCCAGCCCAGCCUGGUUGGAUUUGCUGGCAGGGCCAAGAGGCAACAGAUGGGCCCCUCUUGGCCUCUGUCCCAGCUCCCUCAGCCAGAUGGAGAGGCAGCUGUUUGCUCCCCAACCUGCCCUCCUCCAGGAUGAGGGGAAGGUGGAGCCCCAAACUUUGAUCUCCAUUGGAGUGGCCGGAAUCUGGGGCAACCCACAAAGGCCCCACCCAAGUCUGGCCUUGGCCUUCAGCCUGGGGAAGCAAGCCUGACAUGAGCUCUGGAGGCCAAGCCUGCCCCUGCCACAGAACAGAACUGUCUCUCUGAUAAAGGUUUUGAAAUGAAUAAAGUUUUAAAAACGA